AUGGCAGUGGUGGCUGAGUCCCGGGUUUCUGGGCUGAUAUAUCAGUUUCAGCUACAGCUGGCUCGGCCUAUGUCCAUUGGUGCCCAUGACGAGGAGGGCUCAGCUUGCAUGUGGAAGGCCCUCACUUCCAUUGCACUCCUGGGGGUGGGAGUGAACAUGCUGAAUGUCUUUCUGACAUGGCACCAUGCACAAGAGGCCGAGAUCAUUGCCUAUCCCCAUCUCUGCAUCAGGCCCAAGUCCUUUCCCUGGGGAGCCGGUAACCAUAUUCUAUUCCAUAAUCCUCAUACGAAUGCACUUCUCAUCGGCUAUGAAGAUUAA